AAGCUUCAUGCCUAAAAUAUUUUAGAAAUUCAUCGUGAAUCAAAUAAUAUGAAGUACUUGCGUUAGGAGACUGUUACCGUUACGUGAGUGAGAAGGGAGGUCACAGAUCACACUAACUUACCCCGCCCUCCCCGGAGCAGGUCACCCACCCUACUGAGAAACGUAUUUUCCGUCACGCCAUUUUCCAUCGACCAGUGAGAGGAACAAACCAAGCUAGCUAACAGAGAAGCGCGGAGAGUCGGAGCUGUGAAUUGCAACAAAACCGAUCCAGUCAUGCAUCGUGACUGUCCUCUUGACUGCAAGGUCUAUGUUGGAAAUUUGGGCAACAAUGGAAACAAGACAGAGUUAGAGAGGUCAUUUGGCUAUUAUGGUCCUCUCCGCAGUGUGUGGGUGGCCAGAAACCCUCCAGGCUUCGCCUUUGUAGAAUUUGAAGAUCCCAGAGAUGCAACUGAUGCAGUGCGUGAGCUUGAUGGAAGAACGUUGUGUGGUUGCCGGGUGCGAGUAGAGCUGUCCAAUGGUGAGAAGCGCAGCCGCACCCGUGGCGCUCCCCCUCCAUGGAGCAGGCGUCCUCGAGACCGAGACGACUACAGACGCCGUAGCCCACCACCCAGACGAAGAUCCCCACGCAGGAGGAGCUUCAGCCGCAGUCGAAGCAGGUCUUUCUCCAGAGACAGGAGGAGGGAGAGAUCCCUAUCCCGGGACAGGAACCACAAACCUUCCAGGUCCUUCUCACGGUCAAGGAGCCGCUCCAGGUCGAACGACAGAAAGUAGAAGCACGUUCUUCAAGUGUAAAGGAAGCUGAAGAUAAACGGUUGUACAGGCUUGUCCGUUUAAAAUGGAAAUCAACAUGGCUGUGUGGCCAUUGAGUUUUUUUU